CGUAUUUUGAGAAUUUAAAUUUUUUCAGCAUUUUAGUCAUUGUGACAAUUUUUCAAUUGACAAAAUUACAAAUUUUCAAUUAAUCCAUUUCUACUAUAAUUAACCAUGAUUCUUGUUCCGAUAGACGUACGAUGCAAUUUUUGUGUCAAAACAUUUUGCUGCUUAAAAUGUCGAGUAAGACAUGAACAGAAUGUCCAUCAAAAUGAAAUUAAUGCAAAGAUGCGCGAAGAAUAUUUAAAGAACAUAUGUUUCAUUUGUCGCGGGGAACAAUUUCCAAUAAAGAUUAAUGAGAUGCUCUCAUCGGAAUUAAUUCAGCAUAUAAGCGAAGAACAUUUACCAUUAAAAUGCGAUAAAUGCACAAAAGUCUUUGACAAUAUUAAUGACUUUCAAAUGAUUGGAAAAUGCUGCUCUAAUAAGUCUUUGGAAGACAGUCCUAUGCUGGAAGCUAUAAGUGAAAAUAUGGGCGAAUAUGUUGAAACAUCAGGAAAGCGCAAACUUGAUGAUAAUGGAAAUGAAAAAGCUUUAACGCCUUUAAGUAAGAUUAAUUUACGUUGGAGACGAAAGAGUAAGGAAUUCUUACACAAGAGUGAUGAUAGUCACAUUAAGAUUGAGGAACCGAUUCCUCAACAACAAUUAAAACGACAAACUUCAACUCCAUUGCAGCAUACAUUCGAUUCUCUUUCAUCUACACAAUUUUCAAGCAUUAAUUGCAUGAGUUCAUCAAGCGAAACUGACAUGUCACCUCCAUUAAUGCCACAAAAGCCUCCAUCGCUUGUCAUUUUAUCACCAAAAAGCAAGAAGAAAAGCAAUUCUCCGUUAAGCAAAAGUCGUCCAAAAUUCUCCGUUCAAAAUACUCCAUUACGACAAGUUAUGACUAAAAGCAUUCAACGAGCUAUGGCUACUCAUGGACAUUAUAAAUAUCAAUUACAGCAACGUAAAAUGUCCUUUGAUUCAUCAUCUAGCAGUAAUGAACCGACAAUAAGCUUGAUGAAAUUACAGGUAGAUGCUGAAGAUAGUAUGGUACAGCCACUUGAUUUGCGCUUAUCACCAGCAUUGCGUCGCAAUGAAGAGAAUGUUAAUGAAAAUGUACGGGAAGUAAAAUCUGAGAAUAUAAGUCAUGUAGCUUAUGAGGAAAUUCAAGUUAUUUUGCGUCGCAGUGAAAGCGAUUCUUCAUCAUUGACAAGCUACAAGUCGUGCUAUUCUGAUAAUGGAACUCCAAAAGGCUCAUCAAGCAGCAUUUUGAAAAAGACAAUUUCGUUUGAAAAUUUUGGAAAUGUUGAAAAAUCGCCAGCUUAUUUAGUCCCAAAAUCCUUUAAUAAUGACGAUAAUGAUGAUGAUAGUGACAUCUUUUACACUCCACGAACUACGCCAAUGCGACGUGUUAAAUCACUCGAUUCAAGUGAUGUUAAGCCUCUUAAAAAUCAAAAUCCUUCAAGUAAUAUUUGGAAUUUCGUGACAUCAGUUAUGGGAAGUUUAGUAACUGGCGUAAAAAAUGAACCGAAAUGUACUGAAAAGAAUAAUAAGAAAUGGGGAUUUAACUUUGACAUGCCACUAAAAGCUGCUGCUAAUUAUUUCACUAAGCAUUCAGAGUCAAUCGAUAAAAGUGACUCCGAAAUCGAUGAGGAAGAAGAAGAAAUACAUUCACAGAAACGUCCGCGAGCCAUAGUAACAAGUCCAAAUGAAGAUACCGAGAAUAAUGUGGCUUCUGUUAAGUCACCAACAUGCAAGCGUCGAAAGAUUCAAGGACGUAAGCCAAUCGAAAGGAUGCGUCAAAUAUUUUAAUAACUUUACUUGUUUACUUACGAUAGAGGAUUGGAGUGUAAUUGAAUGAUAUUUAAAUAAAAACUACUUAUGGAUA